CCCCGUGUUCGAGGGCGCCAGGCUGAGCCGCGGAGCACAACACCACAACGUGAGGAAGGAAGGAAGGAAGGAAGGAGCCAUACUAUUGUUGUGUCCUGAAGUGUUGCUCAUCAGUGACUGGCAGUGAGGUCCGGCGCCAGCAGCGAGCAUGACGAGCCUGCAGGUGUGGCGGACCUUCGAGCCGGACAGCUAUUACAAAACCUUUUUAGAACACAACAAAAGACCAGAUGGCCGUGGCUUGGCGAAAUUCAGGGCCAUCAACAUCAAGGUCGGAACAAUAACCACGGCGGAGGGGUCAGCCACAGUGCGCCUGGGCCACACGACCGUCAUGUGUGGCAUCAAGGCAGAGAUCGCCACCCCGACACUCAGGCACCCAGACGAAGGGUUUCUUGUGCCCAACGUGGAGCUGUACCCUUGCUGCUCGCCCAUGUUUAAGGCAGGGCCACCAGGAGAAAAAGCCAUUGCAUUGAGUCAAUUCUUGAAAAGUGUCUUAACCAGCGCAGAAGUCCUUUCUCCUUCAGAUCUCUGCAUUGCAUCUAAUAAACUUGCAUGGUGCCUCUAUUGUGAUGUGAUAUGCCUCAAUUAUGAUGGCAACAUGUAUGACGCAGCACUAAUAGCAAUUAUGGCAGCACUACAAAAUGUUAAGUUGCCGGAAGUAAGCUAUGAUGAAGAGAGCGAAAGAACCACGAUCUCUCCCGACAAAACCCUGCCACUCAAACUGAAGAGAAAACCAGUGUCUGCAACAUUCACCAUGUAUAGUGGCAGCAUACAGCUGGUGGAUCCCACGGCAGAGGACGAGGAGCAGGGGAAUGGGGAGGUGACGGUGGUGCUGCUGGAGGACGGUUCCCUGUGCACCAUCCACAAGCCGGGUGGACACUACAUUGUGCCGGACUCACUGGACAGAUUCAUUGACCUUGCCAAGAAGAGAGUCACUCUGGUCAACACUGCCAUCGAUAAAGCUCUUGCAGAAAGGAACGCCAUGUCUUAGGCGGGUGUAGAGGAGUCAAGGAAAAGUAGGUGACGCUGGUGGAGAACUCUUACAGGAGGUCAGCAGGGUUUGCAUCUAUUGAUCCAGCCACCUCCCAUAUAGUGGCAGCAAGGCGCCGCGUGUGUUCCAGCACGCAGGGCGAGGUGGCCAGGCCCAGGUGGACACAGA